GGCUGAAUUACGGUGGUAGUUCAUAUACCAUGUUGUCAAUAUUUCUCUACGUAGAACUUUUACAAUCUUGACUGAUGUUAUGAUUCCCUGGAUAUGAAGUGGUAAGAAAGAAAUGAGUUUCAAUUCCAGUAUUUAUGCAACUUUCUCAAGUCAGAUUGUUCAUGUUUGCUCUGGAGUGGGAUUUUUCCUGUUAGUUAAAUGAUCAAUAAUUAGCCCAUGUACUUGGGAAGCUUUCAAUCGUAAAAGGCAUGAGAAACAUAUGAUGUAAUAUUUCAGCCACAUGCGAUCUUGGAAAAGGUAUAUUAACGAACCAUGAAUCACUUAGUGACUGUAUCCCUCAGCUUGCAGAUUCUUUGAUAUAUUUUUCUGGGUUCUGAAAUUGACUUUUACUCUACCUGCUCUUAAUUUGCUCUAUUCAGCUAAUGAUUGUGGUGGAUCAUGCGGGUGGAAUCUUCCCUGCCAUCAACCAUUCACCAUGGGAUGGUUUAACUCUGGCAGAUUAUGUAAUGCCAUUUUUCCUGUUUAUUGUUGGUGUCUCACUGGGACUUGGGUACAAGAAAAUGCCGUGCAGAGCUUCUGCAACUCGGAAAGUCCUUCUUCGGGCGCUUAAGCUUUUGCUUUUAGGUCUUUUCCUCCAAGGUGGUUAUUUUCAUGGCGUUGGUAGUCUUGAUUAUGGAGUGGACAUGGAACAAAUGAGAUUUAUGGGAAUACUGCAAAGAAUAGCUAUAGCAUUUAUGGUUGCGGCACUAUGUGAGAUUUGGCUGAAGGGAGAUGAUGAUGUUAAGUCAGCAUUUUCUCUGCUGAAGAAAUACCGAAGUCAUUGGGCCGUGGUACUUGUGCUUACCACUGUAUAUAUUUCAUUAUUAUAUGGCCUGUAUGUGCCCGACUGGGAGUAUCGGAUUCCAACUGAAUCUCCCUCCCUUUCACAAGAAAGAAUUUUGGUGAAAUGUGGAGUGCGAGGAAAUACUGGACCAGCUUGUAAUGCUGUUGCAAUGAUUGAUCGUGAGGUGUUGGGAAUUAGACAUUUAUACAGAAAGCCAGCAUAUGCACGGACAAAGCAAUGCAGUAUUCAUUCUCCAGAGUCUGGUCCUUUGCCUGCUAAUGCUCCAUCAUGGUGCCAGGCCCCCUUUGAUCCUGAAGGCCUUUUAAGUUCAGUGAUGGCCGUGGUUACAUGCUUGGUUGGCUUGCACUUUGGACAUGUGAUUGUCCAUUUUAAGGAUCAUGGGGAUAGAACUUUCCACUGGAUGGUCUCAUCUUCUUUUCUUGUGGCUCUAGGCCUGGCAUUAGAUCUUUUUGGCAUGCAUGUGAAUAAGGCUCUCUACACAUGUAGCUACAUGGCUGUCACUGCUGGUGUAGCUGGCAUUCUCUUCACCUUAAUAUACCUGAUGGUUGAUUUCGGUGGACUUAGGCAUACUACCACAGUUUUGGAGUGGAUAGGGAAGAACGCAAUGACUAUUUAUGUCCUUGCUGCAACAAAUGUCUUGCCUGUUUUCCUCCAGGGCUUCUACUGGAGGCGUCCUGAGAAUAACAUUCUGAGUUUAAUCGGAAUUGGAAGAUGAUAGGAAGCUUGAUAUCGAUCUCCAACUCUGAAAGGACACUCGAUCGCGGAAUAUUUAUUGAAGCAACUAGCCACAUUUAUUAUAUUGCGGUUUGUUGCAAUUCAUACAGAAAAUAUAUGCUCUGUUCAGUGAGGUUAGAGAACUGCAGUUUUCUCCACAUUUAUGGGCUUUCUGUACAUAAUUAGCAAUUCGCUGUCACUUUA